UUAUCAUCCGGGAGAGAGACGUUUCCAGGAGAUGACCUUUGAGAUUGUGGGUAAUCCACGGGUGCGAGAAAAAAACGCUGCGUAUCGACAGAAGCAAGAGAAAUGUGGCAAGAUAUUCUGAGUGCGAUAAGAGAGUGAGUGAUGGAGAAAAUUGCUAAAUACCCGACCUUGUAAUAUUGGAAAAAAAAGUGUGGGUGACGAGCCACGCCGCGAAAUGGGAUUGUAUCAGAUGUUGGUGAAUCUGGUGGAUCCCUUUGGGGUCAUCAGGAACUUCAUCGUGAAGCCCGCCAAUGAUUUUGUCUUCUCGCUGUAUGUUCACUACAAAAAUCGCACUGCCGAGGGCGUUAACAAUGUUCGGGAGUUGCUUCUCAGGACACUCAUUGUCCUCUUUGCUAUUGCUGCAAUCAUCUGGACAGCUGUCUUCAUGUACAUCACCUUCUACUACACCUACAUGCCUGCCAUUGCUCACAUGAGGCCAGUUCACAUGCAAUUCAAGACGUGUAACUAUGUCCAGGGUCCCUGCACCUACCCAUCAGCCCAUGUUUCCCUGACAAAGAAGCAGCAACUUCUGAUGGUUGGUCAGCCGUACAAGGUUCUCGUGAAUAUCGAUAUGCCUGAAACACCCCAAAAUCAGGAUGUGGGAAUGUUUAUGGUGUGUGCAGAGAUGCGGGAUCAGAGUACAAGUCUCCGUGGGCAUUCAUGUCGUUCUGCCAUGCUUCGGUACAAAUCACCUCUGCUGAAUAGCCUGAUAACUUGGGUAAUGUCCCCCCUGCUGAUCCUUGGGCUACGUGAGCAAAAACAAAUCAUCCCCGUUGAGCUCUUCUCGGAUUAUCUCGAUGAGAAAACCUACCCCGUGACGGACAUCUAUGUGGAGAUUCAGAACAAGGCUGUCCAAUUCUACGAGGUGAACCUCCAGAUUACGGCUCAACUCAGUGGAUUGCGCUUCUUUAUGUUUCAUUGGCCAAUACUGUCUGCUACAGUAGGCAUCAGUACAAAUCUCUUUGUCAUCCUCCUCAUCUGCCUCCUCAGUUGGUACCAUUGGUCUGAUACAACAUGGAUUGAGGAGGCACGAGAAAAGUAUGAAGCUCUCAAGAGGCUGAAUCCCCUUGCGGCGGAAGCAACGAAAUUCCAUUCAGAAGUCUCAACGACAUCCCGAGGAGAUACUCAUAGCUUCAUCGAUGACGAGGAUGUGAGUUUGAUUGAGGAUGUGGGAUUAAUUGAUGAUUCCGAGGGCACAAGUGAGAGAAAGUGAAGGAGAGUUGUCUGAUUUUGCAUUCCAAAGCACCCCAAAUUGUUAUUUAUAUGUAGGUACUCGCAGUGCGCUUUUUACACGAAUUAAAGACAUUUUUAAACGGA